GAGCCGGCGCAACCUGGCAACCGGGGGUGGCUGCCCUGGCGGAAGGCGCGCCCCUCCCCCACGCCCGGAGUGGGGGGCAGGGGGCGGCGGUGGGAGCGGCCGGGCCACGGGCGGCUGUGGGCGGGCCUGGGCCCUGGGUGGGGCUCGCGGCGGGACCCAGGGGGACUGCGGACGGCUGGGGGAGGGGGGGAGUGGCUAGAACCUUGAAAAUGGCAGACAAGGGGCCCCAGAGGACAGCCCAAUGCAAGACCCUGGGCUGGGGGAAGUAGCCAUGCCUACCUGGGAGGCUGGCUGCCUGUCCCCAGACCGCUUUGCGGUGUCCGCUGAGGCUGAGGAUAAGGUGCAGCAGCAUCAACUGCAUGUGGAGCGCAUCUUCCGCGUGGGCGUGACCAUCCUCCCGAAGGACUGUCCACAGAACCCUCACAUCUGGCUGCAGCUGGAGGGCCCCAAAGAAAAUGCCAGCAGAGCCAAGGAGUACCUGAAGGGUCUUUGUGGCCCGGAGCUGCAGGAUGAAAUCCACUAUCCUCCCAAGCUGCACUGUGUCUUCCUGGGAGCUCGGGGCUUCUUCCUUGACUGUCUGGCUUGGAGCACGUCAGCCCACCUGGUGCCAGGAGUGCCUGGCUCAUUGAUGAUCAGUGGCCUUGCUGAGGCAUUUGUCAUGGCUCAGAGCCGGGUGGAGGAGCUUGUGGAAAGGCUGAGCUGGGAUUUUCAGUUGGGGCCGUCCCUGGGAGCCUCUCAGUCUGCUGGGGUACUGAGGGAAUUUUCUACCCUACUGCAGUCCUGGGAAGAUGCCCACAGAGAGGCCCUGCUGCAGCUGCCUUCGGCUGUCCAGGAGGAGUUGUUGAGUCUGGUGCGGGAGGUGUCCAGGGAGCAGGGGCUGCAAGUACUUCCCUCUUGGGAGGGGAGGAGCCCAGGUAUGCUGGGUGCUCAGUGUCAGGAAGUCAGAACUUCCCUGAGUGAAGGCAGGGAGUCCUUGGACACUGGAUCUAUGGGGCAGGGAGAUUCAAGGGCAGUGAAGAGAGACAGUUAUGCUGUGAAGGAGGAAGGGAAACAGAGCAGGCCCAGGGAGAUGGAUUUGGGAUGGAAGGAUCUGCCUAGGGAAGAGGCCUGGGAGAAAGAGGUGGCUUUCAGGCCACAGUUAGUGGGUGAAGAGGCAAGAGUGUUAGAGCCCCUGAAAGGGAAGGCCCUGGGAAAGGAGAGGGUGCCCCAGGAAAGAGGAGGUGUCUGUGUCCAGGGUCAGCCUCCUGGUGCUCAUGGCCCCUGUCAAAGGGCAGCUCAACCCCGGGGAGCCUCUCUCCUCCAGCGGCUGCACAACGGGCAAGCCUCGCCUCCAAGAGUGCCUAGCCCUCCACCUGCACCGGAACCCCCAUGGCACUGUGGAGACAGGGCAGACAGGGCAGACAAGCAGCAGGCCGGGGCUCGAGGUCGGGGGUCUCCAUGGAAACGAGGCACCCGGGGCAGCAACUUAGUGACUGGCACACAGCGUUUCCAGGAGGCACUACAGGAUCCUUUCACCCUUUGCCUUGCCAACGUGCCUGGCCAGCCAGAUCUUCGCCAUAUUGUCAUUGACGGCAGCAACGUAGCCAUGGUGCAUGGCCUCCAGCACUACUUCUCCAGCCGGGGCAUUGCUAUUGCUGUGCAGUACUUCUGGGACCGUGGCCACCGUGACAUAACUGUCUUUGUGCCUCAGUGGCGCUUCAGUAAGGAUUCCAAGGUCAGAGAGAGUCACUUCCUACAAAAGCUAUACUCCCUCAGCCUGCUUUCCCUCACCCCCUCACGAGUCAUGGAUGGCAAGAGGAUUUCCUCUUAUGAUGACAGGUUCAUGGUGAAGCUGGCUGAAGAGACUGAUGGGAUCAUUGUCUCCAAUGACCAGUUUCGGGACCUGGCAGAGGAGUCUGAGAAGUGGAUGGCAAUCAUCAGAGAGCGCUUGCUGCCCUUUACGUUUGUGGGAAACCUCUUCAUGGUCCCUGAUGACCCGUUGGGGCGACAUGGCCCCACUCUGGAUGAGUUCCUAAAGAAGCCAGCAAGGACACAGCAGUCUUCUAAGGCUCAGAAAACUUCCAAGGGCUUCGCAGAACAUGCUAAACAGCAGCAGGGGAGAGAAGAGGAAAAAGGCAGUGGUGGCAUUCGGAAGACCCGGGAGACAGAACGGCUCCGGCGCCAGCUGCUGGAGGUGUUUUGGGGUCAGGAUCACAAAGUAGACUUCAUCCUGCAGAGGGAGCCAUAUUGCCGGGACAUUAACCAACUAUCUGAGGCCCUGCUCAGUCUCAACUUCUGAGCU